UGUACGAUCCUGCUCCAGGAGCCGAGGCUCGUGGGCCUGAGAGAAGGGGAUCGUCAGGUCAGCUUGCUGAGGACCAAAGUCUUUUCUUAGGCGAGAGACCAAGGAGAAUGGCCCCUGGGAGCCAGAGACCGUCAUCCCAGGAGUUGGUGACAUUCAAGGAUGUGUUUGUGGACUUCACUAAGGAGGAGUGGGGCCUCUUGGACCAUUCUCAGAAAGAGCUGUACAAGGAGGUCAUGCUGGAGAAUGUCCACAGCUUGCUGUCUCUGGAUUUAGAGACCAACUUUGAAGUAAAUGAGGUGACUAGAAAUCUUGGAAUUUUUCUGGAAAAAUGUGACCUGCAAAGAUUCAUGAGCAAUGGUGCCUGGGACUUCAAGUGGAGAGAAAUCCAUGACUCUCGUAUCAACUUAGAUAAAAAUCCAGUUAGUGAAUAUGAAUUUGAUAAAAUUGGAAAGAGAUUCAGUCAAUCUUGUAUCCUAAAUCAGUGUAAGAAAAUGACCUCAGGGAAUGACUGUCUUCAGGAGAGUGAAUAUAGCAAAUGCUUUGCUGAAGAAGUAGAGCCUUUUGAGCCCCAGGAGAAGGCUCCUGUAAUGCCAGUGUAUUCAGGAAAUCAAUGGGAAAUGGCCUGGAACUGGAGUUCAGGCCUUAUUAGACAUCAGAAAAGUGAUACUGGAGAAAUGUUUUCUGUAAGUGAAAAACAUGAGAAGGACUUGAGUCAGAAUUCUAAGCUCAGUACUCAUCAGCAAAUUCCCAUUAGAAAGAAGCCUGAAAAAUAUAAUGAAUGGGAAGCAACCUCAUCCUAUCAUUCAUCUUUUCCUUGCCAGCCUACAUUUCACUCUGGAAUGAAAAGUUAUGCAUGUCCUCAGUGUGGGAAGGCCUUUGGUUGGGACUCAGAUCUUGAUAGAUCUCAUAAGAUUCAUACUGAGGGGAAGUUUUAUGAGUGUCAUGAAUGUGGGAAGGCUUUUUGCCACAGAUCACUCAUUAUUCGCCAUCAGAGAAUCCAUACUGGAGAGAAACCUUAUGAAUGUAAUUUAUGUGGAAAGGCUUUCACAGACAGGGGCAAUCUUACUGCCCAUCAGAGAAUCCACAGUGGAGAGAAACCUUUUGAAUGCAAUCACUGUGGAAAGACUUUUACACAGAGCUCUAGUCUAGCUGCGCAUCAGAGAAUCCACACUGGAGAGAAGCCUUUUGAAUGCAAUCACUGUGGAAAGACUUUCACACAGAGGGGCAAUCUUACUGUACAUCAGAGAAUCCACACUGGAGAGAAACCUUAUGUUUGUAAUCUAUGUGGAAAGGGUUUCACAGAGAAGAGCACUCUAGCUGCACAUCAGACAGUCCACACUGGAGAGAAGCCUUAUGAAUGUAAUCAAUGUGGAAAAGCUUUCACAAGGAAGGAGAGUCUUGCUGCCCAUCAGAGAAUCCACAGUGAAGAGAAACCUUUUGAAUGUAAUCAAUGUGGAAAGGCAUUCAGAACAAGCUCCCAUCUUGCUGUACAUCAGAGAAUCCACACUGGAGAGAAACCUUAUGAAUGUAAUCAAUGUGGAAAGGCUUUCAGAGACAGGACCAGUCUUGCUGUACAUCAGAAAAUCCACAGUGGAGAGAAACCUUUUGAAUGUAGUCAGUGUGGAAGGACUUUCAUAACACGCUCCCAUCUUGUUGGCCAUCAGAGAAUCCACAGUGGAGAGAGACCUUUUGAAUGUAAUCUAUGUGGAAAGACUUUCAUAGAAAGGUACCAUCUUGCUGCACAUCAGAGAAUCCACACUGGAGAGAGACCUUUUGAAUGCAAUCAAUGUGGAAAGACUUUCACAGACAGGCGCAAUCUUGCUGCACAUCAGAGAAUCCACAGUGGAGAGAAACCUUAUGAAUGUAAUCAGUGUGGAAAGGCUUUCACAUACAGGAGCAAACUUGGUGCCCAUCAGAGAAUCCAUACUGGAGAGAAACCUUAUGAAUGUAAUUUAUGUGGAAAGGCUUUCACAGACAGGCGCAAUCUUGCCACACAUCAGAGAAUCCACACUCAAGAGAAACCUUAUGAAUGUAAUUUAUGUGGAAAGGCUUUCAUAGACAGGGGCAGUAUUGCUGCCCAUCAGAGAAUCCACAGGAUCCAACCAAGCAUGGUGGACUCAACUUUCAACUUGCCUGUUGAUAAGUUCCCCUGA